AACGCACAACCAAAAACCAUGGGUGAACCAGAAUGGGAGAGAGCAGCAGCAGUGACCGAUGUGCAAGGACAGUGCGCAGACUGCAGCGCAUAAUCAACCAAAAACAUCAUCUCUGUCUCAAGGUGUGAGCACGGCAUCCCAUGGAGUACUCGUGGUCUGGCCGGCAGCUGCCAUACAGUGCCGAAAUGGGUGGCAUCGGACCGCUUUUCUACGUCGCAUUCGCCGUUCUCCUUGUCCCCGGAGUCGUCGGUAACCUCUCAGUGGUGCUUAUGGCCUGCUGUUACCCCCGUCUGCGGACUCCCGCUGGUAUCUACGUUGUCAACGUAGCCAUCGCCGAUCUACUCGUCUGCGCUUUCGGCGUGCUACUUGACCCAGUGUCAGUGCUCCUGCGUCGAUGGCCCUUCAGGGAAGCGCUUUGCUACGCGUGUUCCUUUUCAGAGCACCUUGGAGUGUUUGUGCACGGCUACACGCUCGUUGUGGCCGCCGCUCGCUUUGUCGCUGGCAGGCCUCCCAAGCCGAGAUCUUGCCACCUGAACAACGCCGGCGUCUGGUUUCUGGGCACAGUCGUUUGCCUGCCUCAGGUGCUGUUCGUCGAUGCGCGCGCGCUAGCUGUCCACGGGCAGUGCGUUGUGAAGUGGCCCGCGAUGGUCAAGAUGGUCGAGCCGUUCAUCUCCUUCGCGGCGCUGUCCGCGUCGCCGUUCCUGCUGGUCAGCGCCUUGUACGCCUGGCUGCGGGCGUCCGUGUGGCUGGGCAGAGGCACGAGGCGUUCGUUUGCGCGGCGGGCGAGCAUAGUGCGUGUUUUUUGGCUCAUGGCACUGCUGCUGCUUCUUUGUAGGACGCCUCUGCACGUGACUCGGUGCCUGCUUGGUGUGUGGACAGCCAUGAGGGCGAGUACACACGUCACUGUGGUGGUACUUGCCACACGGGCAAUCGCCGCCGCUGUCGUCUGCUUCACAGCAGCCUUCUUUUUCGACCUUAGCGCAAAGCAACUUUCGAGAAGGGCGACACAGGUUCCCUCGGUUGCGGUAAACCAUGGCUGAUAGGGGGGAGUGUACUGCACUGUCCGGCUUGAACAGCGUUAUCUACAGUAAUUUCAAGCGCCCAGUGCUACGAUUAAAGAAACGCCUGUGAACUUUGAUUAAAACUAUUGGUUA